AUGUCUGGAAAGUUCGAGCCCAAGGUCCCCGUGAACCUGGAUCCCCCCAAGGACGAUCCCAUCUCUCCGGAGGAGCUUGCCGCAGCUGACGGCAGAGAUGGAGGCAAGUGCUACGUGGCCAUCAAGGGCAAGGUCUACGAUGUCACGGGCAACAAGGCUUACCAGCCAGGAGGAUCAUACAACGUCUUUGCUGGCAAGGACGCCUCGAGGGCGCUGGGAAAGACCUCGACCAAGCCCGAGGACGCGCGCCCAGACUGGCAGGAUCUGGAUGAUAAGGAAAAGGGAGUCCUCAACGACUGGGUCACGUUCUUCUCCAAGCGGUACAACGUCGUCGGUGUCGUGGAGGGCGCCACAAACAUGGAUUGA